AGAGUCCUUCCUUUGGCUCUUGUUAAUCAUGUGGGUGCUUUUGAUUAUUCAAAAGAAUUUGAUAAGGCCUAUCAAAUAGAGGUUAAGAGAUUUAAUUUGGGUGAAGAGCAGACCCCACGAGUGGCUGCUGCUAAGGGCUGUCCCACAAGGCCAAGUGUGAACUGUGAAGUGGGUUGUAAUUGAAAUUGAAAUCAUUCUUGUGGCAUUCCUCUUAAGUUCUCUCCAUCCAUACACAUUCUAAAGCACGUGGUGAAUGAAUGAAUGAAUGAAUGAGGAAAAGGGAGGGAGAGAGCCUACAGAGGGGCCUGAUCGCUGACAGGAGGUAUAUAGGAAAUGAUAAUUAUUUUUGGUCUAACGGACCCAUCUGGAUGGUAUAGAGCACUGAGCAAUCAAUUGGGGAAUCUAUUAGGCCCCCUAGAGGCGGUAGAAGUAGUAGUAGAAUGGAAUCAAGUGGAGACCAUGGAAGACCACCACCACCACCCAAGUCAAGCAGCAGCAGCAGCACACAAAAACAACACCACCAACAUGAGUCGCCUGCAAUGGCCGCCUCCUCAUCCUAUGAGGGCAGAGGAGGGAUUCUAGUGCCCUUUGUAUCCACUUCUAGUAACCCCAAAUUAGACCCCCAUAAUAUGACUGUUGCAUCAUCAACUGCUGUGGGUGUGGAUGCAUCUCUGGCUAUGAGUAUGAGCAUGAGCAUGUCUUCUGCACCUCAGAGUACUACUACAAAGACUGAAUCUUCAAUCCUCACCACUUCUACACAGCAGGAUAGCGGAGCUCUUGACCCCAAUAAGAAGGCCCCUGCAAAGCGUUCAUCCACCAAGGACAGGCACACAAAAGUAGAUGGGAGGGGAAGAAGGAUACGUAUGCCUGCCACAUGUGCAGCUAGGGUGUUUCAGCUCACAAGGGAACUGGGCCACAAGUCUGAUGGGGAAACAAUAGAAUGGUUGCUACAUCACGCUGAGCCCGCCAUCAUAGCUGCCACAGGAACAGGGACAAUCCCAGCCAAUUUCUCAACUCUAAACGUGUCCCUACGUAGCUCAAACUCCAGUGUCUCUGCCUCACAUCAUACGAAGUCCCUGGGCUUCCAUGGGACCCUGGGGCUAGGACACAACAGCAUGGGGGACAUGAACAUGGCAGCUAGACUGGACCACCAACUACGUGCCAGGAAUGAAUGGGAGAGAGCUGAGGACAGGACAUCUAUGGAGCUUGCUGUGGCAGCCAAUAGAACAGCUGAAGAUAGAAGGCUGCAGAUUGGUGGAAGUGGUGGCGAUCAUCAUACUAUGAUGGGCUACCAUCAAGAGAACCUGAUCACAGACCCUUCAGAACAUCAACACCACAUGCAAGGAGGAGGAGGAUCAGAUAUAGGUGUUUCAGUUGGUGGAGGUGGUGGUGGUGAUUCUAGUGAUAACUAUUUGAGAAAGAGAUUCAGAGAGGAUCUGUUCAAGGAGGAUUCACCCGAGGCCCCUAAACCUCUGAGAGCAAGACAGGCACAUGAAAUUUCAAUUUCAAGCCCUUCAGGGAUUCCCCAGAGUAGACCGGUGCCUGCUGCUCCAGCUGCUGCUGCUGCCAUGUGGGCUAUGGCUCCUGCUGCAGGAUUGUCUACCAGCGGUCACAUGCCAGGGGGAUUUUGGAUGUUGCCCGUAACUGCUAGCUCAAGCAAUACACCAGGAGUUAUGGCUGGAGCACAAUCAGAACCCAUCUGGACCUUCCCUCCCACAGGCCCCAGUGGAGCUGCUGCUAUGUAUAGGAUGCCGGCUGGUGCCUCAAUUCACCUAGCAGGCACAACAGUUGGUUCAGGACCAACAGGUAUUAAUACCCUUCAAGCCCCUCUUCAUUUUAUGCCCAGAAUCAAUAUUUCAGGUGCAGGGAUGGGGUUGGAGUUUCAAGGUGGUCGCUUAGGUCACGUUCCUCUCGGUUCCAUGUUACUUCCACAACAGCAGCAGCAGCAGCAUCAAAGCUCCCAACAAUUGUCAGGAGCAGGGCUUGGUCUGGGAGGGGGCGAAACCCAUCUAGGUAUGCUUGCUGCCUUCAAUGCCUACAAUAAUAGGUCAAUGAACUCAGACCAUCCAUCCAUGGAUUCAGUUCAUCAGCAGCCGCAGCAACAAGGUGCAGAUAGUGGAGAUGACCACCAAACCAAUUCUCCGUAGACUACUUAACAGAGGGGAAACUUGAAAAAACUCAAGGUAGUCACUGAGUCGGUAUCAAUUUGGAUUUGAAUUUUAUUCGCUUCAUCAAACUUCACUUGAUGAUCUUUUCCAUAAUUCAGAGUUCUAAGCCCUCCAUCAGUAUUGGGUAUUGGAUUGUUUCUUUUCCCUCCAUAACCUUGAAAUUUGGGAUGGAUUCCAAGCUGUGCAUGAACUCCAGAAUUACAUGGAAGAUUGAAUAACAAGUCUGACUAUCAUCAACUUGUGGGGCUGGAUACCCACACUUUGAGUUUCCACAAUUAAAUUUUCAUUUUUUGAUGGAGGCAGGAGUGAUUAGCACUGUAAUUCAGUAUUCCUCAUUCAACUGGAGUUUUAACACAUCUUGCAGGUAAUCAGCAUCCUAUUUGUGUAGCCAUACAGUCACAGAAACAACCUGGAUUUCAUUUCCUUGGGACUUGUUUUUCUUUUUCUUAUUCUUCUUCACAAUAGACCCUCUCAGCUGACAGUGCUGCUUGAGUCAAUGCCAUUUCUUGGUCUAAAGCCGGACCACUGGGUACAGACUGUAUAGGAAUUUGUUUAACAGAGCAUUGUGUGUAGUAGUAUUCUUUGUUUGUAUGAGUAAUGAGAGUCAAUAAUUUGUUUGUGACAAUAAAAAGAUUGAACUUGACGGUGUAUUGAGUUUGUGUACGAGUACAGCAUUGAAGGCCAUCAUUCGGACUACAGUCCAGAGACUAUUUUUCAACUGUAACAAUCUUCUAUGAUACAUGAUGAUCAAAAUCUAGUUUUUCUUUUUGGUU